UUUUUCGGUAGCUAAAGUGUUCUCCUGAUUUAUUUAAAAGCUUUAAGAAAAACAAAAUUAAAUAAGAAUGAAUCUGAAAUUUUUCGUCGUCUUCCUUUAUUGCUUUCUUUAUUUUUUAAAAGAAACUGAAGGUGGUCCAUGUGACUUAGGUCAUCCAGGAAAUUUAUCAUCACUUGUCCCAAGUCAAUGCUGCAAAUUGAAGCAUAUUUAUGACCAAAACACGGAAGCUAGUUGUGUUCAAAGAUAUCAAAGUGUGAUAUCGAAUGUAAAUAUAGGAAUCAAAGGAUCAUUUGAUGGAUUGGAAUGUUUUUUCACAUGUUUGUUAAAUGGAACAAAAGCAUUCAAUAAUAAUGUUAUAAAUGCCCAGACACUAAAAUCAUAUGUAGCCAAGGCAAUGAAUAACGACCAAACUUGGCUUCCAAUAAUUAAUUCAGCCAUUGAUUUUUGCAACACUCAAACCAAUAAUAACUUAAAUAAUUUAAACAGAAGUAUGGGAAAUAGAAAUAUUGACAACGUCAAAUAUUGUUCAGCCGUACCAGAAUAUUUUGCAUCGUGUGUUUAUUUCUAUCAAAUAAGAAAAUGCCCACAAGUCGCAUUAGUUAAUCCGACAUCAAAAGAUUGCAUUGCAUUACGUAGAUAUUAUGAUACAUGUCCAGUCUUAUCACUCCAUACUCCUAAUGUUGCAACAGCUACUACUGUUACAAGAGGACGAUAAAGAAAAUGUCUGAUACGUGAAAUAAUUUUAAAAGCAAAAUUCACUAAUGGAUUGGAUUUAAUUCAGAAUUUGCAGGAGUAUUUCAAUUUAAUUUUAUGUAUUUUCACGAUUAAAGUUUAUCCAGUAUAACAAUAAAAG